UAUUGUAUCUCUUGAUUUAUACCAGUGGUGUGGUUAAAAUGCUGAUCCUAGAUCUGCACAGUUGAUGAAGCCCGGUAAAGAUAGCCACAACUCUAGAUCCGUUUGAUUUAUCUUACCCGGCACAAUUUAGAGGAGUAGUGCAAUGGUAAACAGGCCAAAUCUGCUAUUGAGCACGCCAUACGGUGUAAAUUAAGCGCACCGAAAAUUUGGUACAUGCGCAGACCAUUCAGUCAUUGGCGCAGACAGCCAGUAAUGUUGACAAACAACUGGGGAGGGGCCAAUUGGACGCCUGUUUAUCUCCCGGGUGAAUGAAGGAGAUUCUCUUUCCAGUUGACACUGUGAAAAUGAAGGGUCAACAGAAAAGCCCAGACCCGGAUGAAAGUUCACAUGUCAUUGAAGAAGGUGCAGUGGCUACAGCUGAUGACCCAUCAGCUGCCAUCGCCACCAUUCAGUCUGCCGCCACCUUCUCCUCAGAGCAUCCCAUAAAGUAUCUAUUCAAGACGGAGGGAGCUGGGGGGCAGGUAGGGGAGCUGUACUACCCUCCCGCUGGGCAGGUGACAUACAGAGUCAUCCAGGUGUCUGAUGGACAGUUGGAGGCUCAAAGUGAUGGAGCCACAGCAGUCAGUGUGCUCACUGGAUUUCCUGCAGCCACACAACCUAUGACCCAGGCUGUGUUCUCUCAGUCCGAGGGGUUGGAAGGGGACGGCACUGAGACGCAUUACACCUACUACCCUGCCACCAUCGCUGAUACUUCACCAGGCACCAUGGUAACCAGCGUGGUGCAGGCAUCUGAUACGCAUCUAAGUCAGAGCACUCCCACUGGGCAGUUGUAUGUGAUGAUGUCCCCCCAGGAAGUGCUGACGGGAGCCAACCAGAGGUCCAUUGCACCUCGCACACAACCUUACAACACAAAAUCAGAGGUCCCACGCACUUCUAGAGAUGACAAAAGGCGAGCCCAGCACAACGAGGUUGAACGUAGACGCAGGGACAAGAUCAACAACUGGAUUGUCACGCUCUCAAAGACCAUCCCAGACUGCAACAUUGACCCUACCAAGUCAGGGCAGGUCAGUAUCAGUAAUGAGAGUAAAGGUGGGAUCCUCUCCAAAGCCUGUGACUAUAUCCAGGAGCUUCGGCAGAACAACCUCAGACUAGGGGAUGACCUAAGCACCCUGGAGAGGCUCAGAAUGGACAACCAACUACUGAGGCAGGAGGUAGAAGACUGGAAAUCCAAGAACCAGAUUCUGAGGAACCAGAUGCGACAGAAUGGCAUUGUUGGAGCAGCAACAGCAGACCCUCAGUGAUGGGCAGCAUGGAUAGUCAGGGGAGAAGAAGGAUGUUAGAUCAUAGAAUUUGAAUAUCUCAGUGGAGGAAUGGUAGAAUUACCUUGUGACAGAACUUUGGACCUCAAACCAGAAGAAAAUUCUCACUUCACUACAAAAUCAGUCUGAAGGAGUUUGCAGAUAGGUCAUUAAACGGUCACAUUUUACAUACGGAAAACCAUCUUAGCUCUUAUAAGUAAAGAUUUUCCCCGCAGCUAUUCAGAUGUCAUGUACAUACAAUUGUUUAGCUUUUUUACCUUUGACACAAUUGCGCUUCAUUGUAUCAAGUAUAUUUAGUAACUCUUAGUGUAAGUUUCAAAAUACAUUUACAUCAGAUACAUCUAGUAUCAGAUGUCCCCACUUCCAGAAAUGGCUCAGCACUUUGUUUUUCUAAAGUUGUCAGUGGAAUAUGUAUUACAAUUAUAUAUAUAUAUUGUAAUAAAGGAUCUUUGUAUUGGUAAAUGAUGGAACUUCACAAUUGAGUGAAAAACGUAAAGUGUUUGAGCGCUUUCUGUUCGGUUCACUUAUUGAAUCCACUAUGAACAUCAGUUGUAUCAUUCUGAGUUUUCAUUUCAUCAUUAGCUAACCUAGUACAUCAUGUGUGAUUGUCAUUAGCAUUUUUAAUUAAACAAAAAUAUACAAGUAA